AUAGCUUAGCCACAGAAAUUGAUAUGAAGGUCUAGGCUAAUCUGUCGAACCACGCCGUUUUUCAUUGAUAUCAUGUAUUUGAUAAGAUAUGUUCAGUCACUCUUUCAUUGUCGCAUUAAAAGGCUGAAUUACCUGUGUUUUUUAAAUAUGUUUAGUGAAGUGAAGUUAUGAUGAGGAAUUAUGUAUCUGUGCGAAACUUUUUUCAGCGACUUCGAGAAUGUCUACUUUCGUGUUGUCUAUUGGUCGCGUUUUGGCGCCCGAAAAAGGUGUCUGACAUUUCGGAGACGCGACUUAUCGAAGUAGGAGUAGUGGAUCAGGGAAAGAAAAAACAUAACAAGAUCAAAACAUCCAAAUACACUUUUCUUAUGUUUCUGCCCAAGAACUUAACGGAGCAGUUUCGUAGAGUUGUCAACUUUUACUUCUUGUUUGUGACCGUUAUCGCUAUCGUUAUUGAUAGUCCCGUAUCUCCGUAUACUAGCAUAGCGCCAUUGAGUUUUAUGGUACUCGUGACAGCUGUCAAACAAGGUUAUGAAGACUGGCUUCGACAUAAAGCAGACGAUAAAGUCAACAACCAAAUAGUGGAAAUAGUUCACAAAGGAGUUAUAAAGGAAGUUCGAAAUUCUACUAUUGCCCCCGGUGCCCUUGUGAGAGUGAAACGGGGACGGGAGGUACCAGCCGAUCUGGUAAUCUUAUGUUCUGCUGGUGAAAAGGGAAAAUGUUUCGUCACCACCGCAAAUUUAGAUGGAGAGACCAAUUUGAAGACCCUCAGGGUUCCACCACCUUUGAUUGGGUACACCCCAGAUAUAAUUCCGCCUGGUAUCCGCAUAGAACUACCACAUCCGGUCGCAGAUCUUUAUACGUUCUACGGUCGAUUGGAAAUACCCGGCCAACCCAGUUUACCAUUAAAUACUGAUAAUAUAAUGCUCAGAGGAUCCCGAGUGAAGAAUACCGAGUGGGCUAUUGGAUGUGCCGUCUAUACUGGUGAAGAAACAAAACUGGCUCUUAACUCAAAAUAUUCAGGGAACAAAUUCUCAUCAAGCGAAUCUGCUGUCAACGGAUUCCUUGUGCUACUCAUCUACGUUCUCCUCUUCGAAGUGAUUGGUUCUUUCGUCGCCAAAAUACUCAUAGAAAUGUGGAAUCCAGAAAGACUCGAAUAUUUCGGCUUCGAAGACGUUUUUCCAUUAACAGCCUCUAGUGUUCUACAGGACCUCUUCUCUUUUCUCUUGUUGUACUACUACAUCAUACCCAUCUCUUUGUACGUCACAAUAGAGCUGUAUAAAUUUAUCGGUGCCCUCUUCAUCGGUUGGGAUGAAGAACUUCGCUGUGAAGAGACUGGCAGACCAGCGAUCGCCAAUACCUCUGACCUUAACGAAGAGUUGGGUCAAGUAGAGGUGCUCUUCUCGGACAAGACUGGUACUCUUACAAAGAACCUUAUGGCUUUCAAGGCAUGUUCAAUAAAAGGACAGAUUUAUGAAGAGAGGGAAGGAAGAUUGUUUGAUACUGGGAAGUUUGAUGAAGCCGUUGAUACACUUCAGACAGACCUUAAAUUUUUCUUCACAAUACUGGCACUAUGUCACUCGGUUCAACUCUCGAACGAAGACAUGAAAAAGUUAAGUGCACGUCUUUCCGGAACCGGAAAUAUGCAGUUAAUGAACUUCUUUCGACGGAAAAAGAUUACGAAAGCGAAUGGAAACAGUAGUGUUAUUGACAGCGUUACAUGGAACGCCAUUUUGAAUGAAAAUGGCAGUAAAAUGGACUACCAGGGAAGCAGCCCCGAUGAAAAGGCCUUAGUGGAGGCAGCUGAUAGGUUUCAAGUAACCUUCUUGGGGGAUGAAGGGAACAAUCUAGUACUUAAGGUCGGUACUAUUACGGAGAUGUAUGAAAGACUUCAGUUGAUUGAAUUUACGUCUGAAAGAAAGCGGAUGUCCGUCAUCGUGAAGGAUAAAGAUGGGAAGAUAUGGCUAUUUUGUAAAGGUGCGGAGUCCUCAGUGUUUCCUAUAUGCAAGGAUUCGGUAGCGAUAGAAGAGACGGAAAGAGAUAUCACUGCUUUUGCCACUAAAGGUCUUAGGACCCUUGCUGUUGCUUACCGGGAAAUACCCACGGAGGAGUAUGAAAGAGUCGCUGAAUCUAUAAAACUUCUUGACGGCUCAAGCGCAGAAGCCCUACAGCGUGUGAACCAACAGUAUGUAGUACUAGAGCAACAGUUGACACUGCUUGGUGCAACAGCUGUGGAAGAUUGUCUUCAAGAUGAUGUUGCAGAUACUCUCGCGUCUCUGCGAAGAGCUGGAAUCAAAAUCUGGGUGCUUACUGGAGAUAAGGUAGAAACAGCAAUAAACGUCUCCCAAUCGUGCGGCCAUAUAUCCGAGAACGAUCGUCGAAUGUUUCUUAUAAGCGUCGAAGACGAGCUCGCGUUACAGCAGGCACUAGAGCUUUGUAGGCAGACGGUGGAAGAACCGGGCUAUCAGGAUUUGACGUUGGUGGUUGAUGGAGUCAGCAUGGCGAAUGUUCUAGAUACGGUGUAUGCGAGGGACUUUGUUGAUAUUUCGCUCAAGUGCAGUGCAGUGCUGUGCUGUAGACUGUCGCCGAUACAGAAGGCUAAGAUUGUUAAGUUAGUAAAGAAUUGUUCGGAGCACCCGAUUACAGCGGCCAUAGGAGAUGGCGCCAACGACAUCUCCAUGAUACAAGAGGCUCACGUGGGCUUCGGGAUAUUUGGGAAAGAGGGACAUCAAGCUGCCAGAUCGGCUGACUUCGCAUUCACAAAAUUUUCUAUGGUGAAAAAGAUGCUUCUGGUACUGGGGCAUUGGUACUAUCAACGACUGGCAACACUUGUACUCUACUUCUUCUAUAAAAACUUAGUACUAGGGAAUAUAAUGUUAUUUUUCCAAAUAAACAGCGCGUUUUCGACACAGUCAAUAUAUGAUAGUAUGUAUUUGACGUUCUACAAUCUAUUCUUUACUUCAGUGCCGUGCCUUGUUCUAUCUGUGACUGAGCAACGCUGGCCAGCCGAUUCUUUACUUAGGAACCCAAUGCUUUACCGAAAUAUUCGAAAAAACAAUCUUCUCUCAUGGCGGUACUUCGUACUUUGGCUGUCAGGAGCGUUAUAUCAUUCAGCGGUCAUAUAUGGCUUCAGUGUUUUUGUUUUCACCUCGGCUGUCUUCACAUCUGAUGGGAAACCUAUGGAUUUGUGGUCAUUCGGCGCGAUACUAUUCCACCAAAUGCUGGUAAUAGUGACAUUGAAGCUGUGCCUUCACGCGCGAUACCAAACCCUGACCUUCGCACUUACCGCUCUAUUAUCAGUAUUGACGUAUAUAGCGUUUAAUACUAUAUAUUCGUUAUUUUAUUUCCAAGUGGACGGCGACAUCCUAGGUACGUAUACCCGUCUGCUCACCUCCCUGCCAUUUUGGCUGCUCAACCUGCUCACAGUUGCUGCUGCUCUUGCGCCGGACUUCUGUCUGCGCAUCCUGAUUGAAAUUAGAGCGCGAAGGAAUAUACGAACAGACACGGAAACACAGCAGGUUUAUUCGACCCAACUUUGAAAGGUCCGUGUUCCCAUACGGAUCUUUAGCCAUACGCCUCAUUCGGUAAUGAUUUAGAAGGAGCGGGGCAUGCGUUUUGUGACAGAUAUCGCAGUGAAAAACAAAUAUUACAAUUUUGUUUAAUAUCUGUAUAAAAUUUAUAAGGUUUUUCAAUAAGAUGUGUGUGUCAAAUGAUUAGAAUAGUUGAAUUGACGAGACUCGCUACAGUGAAUUGUUUGAAAAUGAUCAUGUGACCGCUUAAUGCAUGCAGUCAUAGUAGUCGUAUUUCAUAAAGUCCAUAUACGGCGUAAUCUGUAACUUCCAAUACCGUUUGCGAUAUUUUAUUUAUUUAUUUAUUCAAUUACAGACCAUACAUGGCUAAACUCAUACUAAAAAUAAUCUAGACAUUGUAUGAAAUUUUGAUGUAGUCUUCUCAAUACUCUCGCUUUGAUGACAUAAGGCCAGUUUACUAGCAUCUUGUAAUUUCGCCCCUUGUGCCCCUUUUGAAUUUUGCGCUAAAACCCUAAAUGUAUUUUGGGCCCAGAUUGCGUCCAUUUCUUUGAUAUUACCUAUAGUUCAUACACAAGUUCCUUCUAUUACUUCUGUCUUUCGCAUGUCGUCGAUUUUUGUAUUUAUACAGCCCGGUUUCCUAAUGUUGAUUCCAUCGGGUAUGAGACUCGUACCCGAUGGACGUUAGGUAUAAUCACAAUAUUGGAAUCGAAAGAAAAUCUCCAUAUUUUAUUCCAAUCGCUUCUGGAAGUUACAGAGUAUCGGUUCUGUUCUGACUCAUAUAUGUAUUACGUAUGAAAAGUACCAAUUUAAUGCAGCAUUGGAUUACUUUUUGGCCAGAUAAAUUACAAAUUCAGGAGUAAAAACUGAUGAAUUCCAGGCAGAUAUUAUAUUUUCUACUAGAAAAUAUAAUAUCUGCUUGUAUAAUUAUAAACAUUUUUUCGUAUACCAAAUAGUUAAAUCAUAUACCAAAAAAUGAUAAAUAGUUGCUUAAUAACGGAGUCAUUUAAAUAUUGUUAAUCCAGCAAAUUGUGAUAAUAAGAGUUUAUAAGUAACAAUGGACCAAUUAAUAUAGGUAUAAUAACAUUCUAGUCAUAAAAUAGUUAAUUUUAUAUAUUUCAAAAUAUAUAAAGAAUACCGAGAUAUAAGUCUAUUAUCCAUGACUCAAAGUAGCAACAUACAAAAGGGGAUUUGUUGGGAGUCUUAAUGACAAUCACUAACAGAUUUUGGAAUUAAAUUAUUGGAAAAUCAAUCAUAUAAACGUAAUAAAUUGUUCUAGUUUUAUAAUAUGAUUUUAACCUCUCUAUUUUACUAAAAAUUCAAAGUAUUACCCAAAGCAAUAUAUUAAAAGUCUUUGGUACAAAGUACCUAUCAUUGUUUAAAUUAAUUAGAAUAAUAUUAAUUACGUAGUAGAAUUAGAAUAUAAAGAUUGCAUUUUGACAAUACAGGUAUUAUUGUGC